AUACAGUGUUCAAUAUUAUUUGGUUGAAAGCUAACUCGAGCUGUAGAAAAAAUGAAGUUUGGCAUAUGCAAAUUCAUUGUUCUAGUUGCUUUCGUUGAUACAUCCCAUGGAUUUUUCGGAAUAAACAUUAAUAGAGUUAUGGGCGACCUGGACAAGAUUUUUCCUAGUUUAUUAAUCUUUCCUGGUACUAAAUGGUGUGGACCUGGAAAUAUAGCUGCCAGUGAUAAUGAUUUUGGCACAGAAAAUCGUACAGAUGCGUGCUGUCAAGCUCACGAUCAUUGUCCUGAUCUUAUAGAAGGUUUGGAAAGUAGACAUAACUUAACCAAUCCUGACUUUCAUGCAAGAUUAAGCUGUGACUGCGACAUGGCAUUUUACAACUGUUUAAAAGCAGUAGACAGGAGAACCUCCAGAAAAGUUGGAAAGCUAUAUUUUACUGGUUUGAGAAACAAGUGUUUUAAAAAGGACUAUCCAUAUGUGUGUGAGCGAUAUACAUGGUAUGGUGUAUGUGCACGGCAUAAAGUUGAUACGACUCAGGAUAAGAAGUACCAAUGGUUUGAAGUACCUCGGUUUUGAUGUUAAACUAUUUUUUGAGACUAUUCAAUUUAAGAAACAAAUAAAGGCAUUGUAUGUAUAUAAAA